GCUCUAUUGUCAGCCGGGACUGUCAAGUAGAGUGGUACAAGCUCUUAGAACGCGCCUAGAACGCACGCUGAAAAUGGCCGAGGAAGGACGAGCCCGUUCCAGGUCCCCAGUACGUGAGGCAGCUGAAUCUGAAACUCCAGGGGUGCCUGAAGUAGCCCAGGGUAUGCCGGAGGGAACUCCGGGUGAUAUGGCUGCCGUGCCGGGCAUGCCAGAGGGAGCUCCGAGUGACAUGACGGCUGCACCGUCUUUGGCGCCUGCUGGUAUGGAGAUCUUGACACUCGCUCAGAAGCUCUCGGAGUGUACCAUGAAGAUCGGCAAAGUGAUUGAGGAUCUGGGUCUUGCCUUUGAUGAACUCAACAAUGGGCGAUUGGAGUUGAAAAAGGGAUUCCAAGAGCUCAGCACACAAAUCAAAGGCACCAACCAUUGUAUCACCACUAUGACAGCAGGGGUGGCAUUCCAAGCUGGGGAAGUCACCAAACUCCUGAAGGCCUUUGAUCGCUGGGCGAAUACGAGCCGCUGGGCCAUGGCUGGAAGCCAGACGAUAGAGACCAACAUCAAAGGUGUACAAGGAGAGAUUGAAAAACAAGCAGAGAGGCUGGGAGCCAGUAUGAACGGUGGCCUCGAAACCCUGGGUGGACACAUCCAAGAACUGGUGAACCUGUUGAGGGCGCAGCCUCAUGGUACGGCAAUCCCAGCUGGAAUUCCAGUGUCAGAAGGUGCAACAGAAACUGGAACGCCCCUGACGCAAUUGGUGUUCCGGCAGUUGGUGCUCCAGUGA